AUGGCCCCGAGCGUCCCCCUGGUGGCCGCCGCCCUGGCGCUGUGCCUGCUGCUGGCGCCGCCCGGCCUCGCGUGGUACAAGCCGGCGGCCGGGCCCAGCUCCUACUCCGUGGGCCGCGCCGCGGGGCUGCUGGCCGGCUUCCGCAGGUCCCCGCACGCGCGCCGCUCCGAGCCCCCCGGGAGCGCGGGACCCCCGGGCCGGGCCGCCGCCGAGCCCCGCCGCCCGCGGAGCCUCGCCGCGUGUGUCAAGGAAGUCUCCCCGAACCUGCGGAGCUGCGAGCGGCUCCCCGACGGCCGCGCCACCUUCCAGUGCCGGGCGGACGUGUUCCUGUCGCUGCGCGCCGCCGACUGCCGCAGCGCCUGAGCCCCCCGCCCCCCGCGGUAACCCGCCACGUGAAUAAAUGAGAAGCAGUGCUCGCUUCGGCAGCACAUAUACUAAAAAAAAGUGAAUAAAUGAGAAGCGCA